AUGGAAUGUCUCGUCAGGAGCAUGAGAAAAUGGUUCAUUUCAGCCAGAAUCUCAAGCCGAAGGCCUGCUGCUUUCCAAAGGAACAGGAAGCCUGCUUCUGUGUCAGUCCUGGGGUCCAACCCAGGGGGUGGGGUUGCUGCUCACGUUCUGCCCCUCUGCAGGCCAGCGGUGGGAGGGGGAGUGCCUUUCCUGGCAUCACAAUCCGGGUGGUCUCUGCCCCCAGAGCAGGUGGUCCUGGUAAUUGGAGGCCUCACUGGGGGGCUGCUGCUGCUACUGUUGCUGAUCUGGGUGAGCUGCUGUCUCUGGAAGAAGCUUCGGGCCCUGUCCACCUAUGAGGAGCUGCCGGGGAGCACCGCUGCCUCCAGCAUACAGGGGGGCAAGCUCUACCCCCCACCUGCCAGGACGCAGACAAGCAGGCCUCCAGGUGUGCCGUUCGUGGUGCCUCCUUCCCUUCAAGACCGAGACUGGGUACCCCUACACCGUGGAGAGUGGGCCCAGGCCCCACAGGACCCCUGCCUCUCCCCAGAGCUCCUGCCCCGCCCCUCCAGUGGCAGCUUUGGAAAUACAGGCAUGGUGGGGACCAUCAACCCAGAUCUAUAUAAGUUCCUGGAGGACAAGAGUGAGACCGACUUCCCUGAGGGCUGCCUGGGACGGCUGUGGUUCUCCGUGGAAUAUCAGCAGGACGCCGAGCGGCUGCUGGUGGGCUUGAUCAAGGCGCGGAGGCUGCAAGCCCCCUCGGAGAGCUGCAACCCCCUCGUGAAGCUGCACCUGCUGCCCGACGAGCGGCGCUUCCUCCAGUCCAAGACCAAACGCAAGACCUCCAGCCCGCAGUUUGAUGAGCACUUCAUCUUCCAGGUGUCCAGCAAGAACAUCACUCAAAGGGUACUCAGGUUCUCCGUGUACCACGUGGACAGGCAGAGGAAGCACCAGCUCCUGGGCCAGGUGUUCUUCCCCCUGAGAAAUGAGCCCCUGGCUGGUGACUGCCCGCACGUCAUCUGGAGAGACCUGGAGGCUGAGAGUGGAGAGCCUCCCUCCGAGUUUGGAGACCUGCAGUUCUGUCUCAGCUACAAUGACUGCCUGUGUCGCCUGACUGUGGUCGUGCUGCGAGCCAAGGGCCUCCGGCUCCAGGAGGACACGAGUUUCGUCAGUGUGUUUGUCAAAGUGUCUCUGAUGAACCACAACAAGUUUGUCAAGUGCAAGAAGACUUCGGCGGUGCUGGGCUCAGCCAACCCCGUGUACAGCGAGACUUUCAGCUUCAAGGCCGACCCUGCGGAGCUGGACACUGCCAGCCUCAGCCUGACCGUGCUGCAGAGCACCAGAGGGGAGAACAGCCACCAGCUGGGCCGGGUGGUGGUGGGCCCCUACAUGUACGCCCGAGGCAGACAGCUGGAGCACUGGAACGCGAUGCUCAGCAAGCCCAAGGAGCUGGUGAAGCGCUGGCACGCGCUCUGUCCCACCCCUGAGCCCUGACUCGGCUCAGGACCUCCGCUCUGCCUCCGGAGCCUGCCCUCCCCCGUGGCAGCCACGGGCCUGGACGGUCGGGCCAG